ACCACCCUGAGCAGGGAUUAAGCCUUGUAUCAGGGCAAGGCUUGUCUGUAAGUGGACAAGAAUCUGUAGUGCCUGUCAUUGAAAAUGGGGUACCCCAAAUUGAAAAGCACAAAGCAACAACACAAAAGACACUCAUGAUCUGUGAGGGUAAAAGGGCCAAAGCCUUGAAACGCCAGAAGUGUCGUGAGCCAGAAUUGAAAUCUACUGUAGAUUUAAAGGGAAAAAUAAACUCUUUUGUACAAAAAUCGUCUGUAGCAGGGCCAAGCACAUUCUCAGCAUUAGAUAUGGACUCUUGCUCGUCCAAAACUCCGAGUGCAUGUGUAGGGUCUCUGCAAGGUGGCUCUGAGUAUUCAUCCGUAAACUUCAGUAGCUCUUCAGCAACUCCUCCUGGUGAGAGCAAAAACUAUUUGGGAUCCGGAAAGAUCAAAACAGAGAAAGAGAACUGUGAUGACCUGAUUACAAAUGCAUCUUGGGGUAGCUUAGCAGAGGAGGUAGAGUAUGUUGUCGUAAGAGACCUUGCUGUCACUUCAAAAGAGAAAACGGCUUGCCGUACAGAAGGAAAUGAAACAUUUGAGUGUACCGCCACUGAAUCUGUCACUGUUAUUCGAAAUCGUUCAGUACUUGAAAAUGUUGAUGAAUUGAAUGCAGAUCAUUUUCCUGUCCUUAAACCAAAGGAAUUCUUUAGCUCUACAGAUGAAUUUCGUGAACUGGCAAGUUUGGAAGAGGUGGAAUUUUCAGACAGUAAUCUUGUAGCGCAUGAGAAUUUAACUCGUCUUGGAAAGCAAAGUGGGAGUGUUCCAGUCAGAAAGCGACAGCAGAAAGCUGGUAGGUCAGCUGUGCUCAAGAAAGGAACACUCCAGAGUAAAGCAAAGACUUUUGAAGAAGUAUGUAGCGACAAUUGGAGUUUUGUCACAAACUAUGAGAGCCGGAAGUCGCAGAAUUCGAAAGACACCAAUAUAGCAGCAGAAUUUACGGUUCAGGUUGGUGAUGUCAGCAUAAAGAUACAGGAAUAUUCGAAAGCAAUGGAUAAAGUGCAUGCUCGGGACCCAUCUUGUAGAGAUCUUGAUCGACCACGUAUUAAUGAGGACUCCUCCUCCUCCUCCUCUAGAGAGAAGACAAAUGGUAACCCAGAUUUCAAAGAAGAAAAAGACAAUGUUAUUUUUGAGUGUCCAUGUUGCCUGGAGGUUUUAGAAACAGAGGAAGUUCUCCUUAAUCAUGUCUUGCAGAGUCACAAAACUUACCUGUGUGACUAUUGCCCCGUUCCCACAUGUUCAGUGUUGUUAGCAAGAAAUAAGUUCAGGAUUCACCUAAGGCAGCACUUAGUAACUGGUAAAUACCAGUGCUCUUUCUGCUCUUUUUCUGCAAGUAUGCGAGGAGCCAUGAGCAGACACGAAUCUACUCAUACAAAGCCACAAGUUUCAAAAGACUACAAGAACAUCAAAAAAGGAGGCUCAAAAUACCGAAAGAACCGUAAGAAACGACCGUCUAAGGAGGACUCCCAAUACUGUUCGUUAGAUGGAAUUAAUGCUGGCGAAGGGAACCGUGGAACGAUUGCUCUCAGAAUGACUAGAAGAGUGUCAUCAGAGGGAAGUCAAAAGCCAUUGUUGAGGAGGUCUGCACGUACAACGAUGCCAGGAUACAAGAGGGAAAAGGCGGCAUUUAUGGAAGCAACAAAAGACAUCUCAGAAGAAGAAUCAGAGUUUGAAGGGGAUGACAACAAACGAGAAACUGAUACGGCUUUGUCAGCUGCUCCUGAAGGUAUUCUUAGGUUUGAGCUUUCAGAGACUCGGGAAUUCAAAGAGACAGUGCUUGAUGCUUCAACAUCAACCUUUGGGAACAGUAUAGAACCAACAGUUGAGCAAGACAUAAAAGUAGAGGACAGUAGCGCUGGUGAUCAGAUUUUUAAAGGCUUGCCCUUCAAUUGUUGUUCCACACUGUUGUCAACAGUUAAUGAACUGGUGGACCAUGUUCGACAGCGCCAUUUAGCCAUACAAAGGUGCCCAAGUGCAGGUAUUCCAUGUAUUGAUCUCAAUUGCCCUGUCUAUCUGAAAGCAACAAAUUUGGCAGUGCACAUCAAGAGUCAUUUAGUUCCGAGGAAGAUUAGCUGUAACUUGUGUACCUACAAGACUAACUGUGAAUUUGCUCUUCGAACUCACACUUUGGCGCAUAGUAGGAUUAAAGGCAUGAAAAAGAAGAAGCGCGUCUUAGGUGCCCGAAGGUGCGCACUCAAGCACAGGCUGAGACUGAGGAGUCAGGCAUUACCAGAGGAAAAAACAAACACUAAUGACAUUUCAACAAGGUCACUCAUAAGAAAUUCUCAGGACAAGCAGUGAAUGCAAAAGCUGUCAUUCAAGUGGAGUCCCUCAAAGCUAGUGAGCCCAACACUCUAAAAAAGAAAACCAAGUGUUUGUACCUGUACAAAAGGAAAAGCAAACUAACCUUGCAGUAUUUGAGACUGGAAAGAGAAGCCAGGAAAUUGUCAGAGAAAGUUCAAAAACUAGACCAGGACAUUAAAAUGGUUAUUCAAGAGCCCGGUCAGGGAGAAGAAGAGAUUCCAAGUCAGUCGCCAGUGAAUUCUGCUUCAGCUUCCGUGACUGACUCGACAUUAUUCGGGAAAAGGCUCUUACAGAAUCUUGCAGGUGAAGACACUGUGAAUAAUGAUUCACCUUUGAACUCUGAGUUUUCUAAAAAUGGAAUGUGGAGAAGCCAUUUCAGUGGAGUUUCCGAUGGAGAAAAAACUGCGGAUGGCCUUGAAAGUGAAAAAAUUAAGAAGGUAAAAAGUGGAUGUGGAAAAGGCUUAAAAAGUAAGUUAAAAAGCCAUUUCCUUAGCAGAACUUCCAAUAAAAAUAUCAAAAAAACAAAGAAGUUCUCAGUAGGUGGUAAGACGCAAGUAUCGGAAUUUAAAAGUCACAUUAAUAAAGAAAUGCAGGGUAUGGCUGCCAGUACUUCCUAUGCCUAUGAUCAGGUUCCCCAUGCUUCUAAUGUAUAUACUCCAAUAAUUAAACCAUAUUUGGAAUAUCAGGAGAGUCAGGAUGCCCAAGAGAGUGGAGAGGCUGUCGACUUGAGAGUUAAAGCAAAACAUCCAAUUGAAUUUGUAGAUGAAGAUGCUUCACUUGAUAUUUCAACUCCAGAUGUUGGUAAUCGCCUGUCAGCUGACAUUUUUCGUCAAAAUUUUCAACAAGUUGUGGGUGGUUUCAGUGACUUGAACAAUGAUGGGUGUUUUACAAGUGGUGCAAGUGCAGAACUAUCUAAGGUGACCCAAAAAAUCGCUUCUUACGUGAGUUUUAUGGGUGAUGAAGAUGCGGAUCUAUCGUCGGGUGUGAGUGGCACUACCCAACAAGGAGCUGAGUUCAGGGAAGACAGAUCUGGUACCUCUUCUGAGGAGCUUGAUGAAACGGAUGGUAAGAGCGCUGACGCGUACCAGUGCCCAUUGUGCUCUGAGCAAUACCAGAACCCUAAUACACUUGUGGAUCACUACACUCUGUUUCAUUCAAAGCAUUCGCCUUAUGUGUGUAAGUUCAAAGGAUGUCCUGCUGUUCUGAGUCGGCAGAAUUCUUUGAAGCACCUCGAGAGCCACGUAUACAAGAGGAACUUUGAUUGCCCUUUUUGCUCCUACUCUCACAAGUCUUUGUACUUGCUGAAGCAUCAUCUUAUGGUUCACAAAGAGGUGUCCGAAACAUUGGAAGAAAACCAGCAGGUCAUGAUCCACGUACGAGGCAGAGGUGGCAUUGGUUUGAUCAACCUUAUGUGCCAGGAGUCUCCCAGAGCAAACAGGAGGAAACGAAAGGUUAUCGAUCCUUUUGAGGACGACUCGAAGAAUAUGAGGUUAGAGUAUUCACCCUAAAGGAAUUCGAGCUAGUUGUCCUGAAAGCAAAAAGGAAAGUUGCUCGGAGUUGCUUUCGAUGAUAAGUAAUAAUUGUUGUUGUCAUUUGAGGAGAUGAUUGCUAUAAUGUAGUUUAAUCUAAUUGAUGAAUUUUCAGGCAUUUAACUUUUUAUUGCUUGGAAGUGACAGCGAAUUCGUUGUGGAUGCAUGUGCGUCAGUGUAUGUUCACAGACACUGUGUAAGACUUGGUUCACACAGAAAUGGGUGUAGAUUAUAAUAAAAAUAUAACUUGGCUGUUUAAUCUUAAACUUUACUGCUAUUUCGAAAUUGGAUUCAAAGUAACACAUUUCGUAUUAAUAUAUAUCGAGUCUUCAUAUUCUGCCAACACAUAAGAAACGGGAAAUUAUACUUUAUAGUAUUUAAAAAAUUAUGGAAGUUUGAAUACUGGACGAACUAAUAGUGGUUUGUUGGGUUAAUGUAAAGUGACUGGUUGGUAUUACAUACGUUUUCUUCGAGCGAUAGAAUGCCACAGAAAACAAUCUCUUGAUCGGUAACUCGUCUGAAAGUGGAUUGUGUUUAGUGCAAAGGUACUAUAGUUAGUAGUUAUAUAUCGAAAAAAUGAAGCAAUUGUUAUUUUAUUGUUAUCUUAAUGCCUAUCUAGUUGGCAGGAGUAUAAGUACAAGUUGCCCAUUUAUUUUGUAAGGAAAAAAGCUGCAAAAUCAAUUAUAUCAGAUAUUUGUUUAUUAUUCAAUUGGAAAGUAUUUUUUUUAUUGUUUUUGCAUAGAGCAGCUUUAUGCUCCAUUCUUUACCAAAAUAUUGUGAUUAAACUAAGAAUCAAUUCCAUAGGAGAGAUGGUAUUGCCAUAAUGUAAUCUUCUAACUGCUAUUUUAGGUAUUAGUGCAUUUAGCAAGACCUACAUAAUGUUUAUAGCUUACUUUUGUAAGUACUGAAAUACAUAAAAGGCAAGUGGGCGUAUUAUACUUUUGAACUGUAGCUACUAUAUAUAUAUACAUAUACUUUUUGGUAGGUGAUUUUCCGUUAUAUAAAUACAAGAUAAUUUUUGAUGUUUUUUCCAGUAUUUAUAACAUAAAUAUACUGUGAUAUAAAGUUCAUUGUAAAAGAGAUUAUUGUCCAUUAUUAGCAACGUAGGAGAGAUUAUUUCGUCUUAUUUUAAUUUUUCUCAGUUAUUUACAUGACACAGUUUAUUUAAUAGAUUAGUACUUGUUUUCAUAUCUUAAUUGUUUGUUAAUAAUCAGCUCCUCAGUUGAUGUGUUGUAAUGUUUAUUACAUAUUUUCUUUCGUUUAUUAUUCAGAUAAAAAUGUUAAUUUUAUGUUAGGUGCUUCUUCCAUAGAAGGUACCAAUAUACUCUUGUCAGGUGUGACUGAUGACCGCAUAUUUUAUACUGCUAUUUGUGCUAAGUUUGCUAGAUUUGUAGCUGCACAAAGUUAUAUGAACCAGUUUAUUUACUUUCAUGUUUUCAACAAAAUCUAUGUCGAGAUUUUUCAUUAAAGAAAUAUUUUCCUGAGAAAUGUUAUUUUUGAGUUUGUGUAUGUUUUUUUUCACACAAAUAUGUUGAUCAGUUUCGUUUCAAAAUGUGAGCUUUAAUUAUUUUUUAUGUAUUUAUUUUUUUUUUUGGAGUAAGUUUUGGCUCCAUGACAAGUAAACUUGAAGGAAGGCUCA